AUGAACCUCUCCCAAAUCACCCUCCUCCUUCUCUCCCUCCCCCUGACCCUCACCCAGCGCACCCCCGAAGAAAACCUCAUCCUCGCCGACUGCGGCAUCGGCCUGGGCCACAACGGCGGCUCCACCUCCCGAGAGAUGAUCUACUACUCCGGCCCCGUCUGGACUGGCAACGGACUCGACACCUAUCGCCCAAAGAUGAUGGUCAACGUCCCCUGGACCGGGGCCUACCCCUGGGGUCAAAAGGGAGGCGUCUCCGCCACCAUGCCCAACGGGGAUGUGUUCACAGUGCACAUCAACCCCAACAUCAAGGACCCAAAUGCCGCGGGUGACGCGUGGCAUAAAUACGAGCUGGAAAAGCCCCUGAAGUGCUACUCGUAUCACUAUGACAAGGUUUACCGGCUGGAUGAUGGGAAGUGGUGCUCAAGUGCGUAUGUUUGUAAUCAUUUGGGAAGGCCGUAUGUGCCUCCCAAGUGUGAUGCGCUGUGA